GGUGAUCAAUUUACAUCCCUAUCUGCCAUGCGACCCUGCAGCUCGAAUGCUGUCCCCAAUCAUGAUGUUUGCACCUUACUCGUAAGAGAUAAAAAGGUGCAUGAUGCAUGCGAAAAUCCCGUUUCUUUACUUAUCGAACAUCGAACAUGGAGUAUUCGCCGGACGAUAUCGCAGCGGCCGCGAAUCUGCAGUUAUUAUCGUACAUAUACACAUCGAUGACGACGUUCUGGAUCUAUGAUUAUGCUUGUUCACUUCACGAAGAGUGGAAAUUCCUGCUUCGGUCGCGCUGGAGCCAAGUCAAAGCCCUUUAUGUCAUUACACGAUAUCUCCCCUUUGUUCUCAUCACCAUGUACCUAUGUUUGAACUUCACCCCGAACGCGAACCCCAACAAAUGCCGGUCAUUGAUCAAUAUUUACUCAUCUUUCUGCCAGAUAUCAAUCAUUUGCUCUGGAAGCUUUUUUGUCCUCAGAACAUAUGCGCUCUGGAACAACAAUAGGACCGUACUCGCAGGCAUGCUGUCCGCCGUCUUUGCUAUUACCGUAGCAUCCGUCAGCAUUCGUUUUAUCACUAUUUCCACCUCAUAUGUCACGACUAGCGCGAUCCCAGGUAUCCCAGGCUGCUACUGGAGCUCAAGCGGCGUCCAAUUCUUCAUGCCGUUCAUUCUCUUGUUUGUUUUUCAACUGGUAUUAAUCUCCCUAACACUCACACGUGUCAUACAGAGCUGGCGGUCAGUCAAGGGCCAUCUGCACGCCAUCUUGGUGACGCAUAACAUAUCGUACUAUGCAUGCGGUCUCCUUCUCUCGGCUGUGAACGUCCUCAUACCAGUGCUGUUUUCCGAUUCCGCAUGCUACUCUGUCCUCGAAGAUUUUCAGGUCCUUAUCCUUGCGAUCCUCUCCACGCGCAUGCACCUUCAUCUCUGGCAUAUCGACCGGGACGUGCACGGCUCUGACGCCCUCGUGUGCAUUUCUAUGUCCAACAUGUCACCUGCGGACCAUAUGGCGUGACUUUCUAUCAUGUGGCUUAUUCGUAGUUGGUGGAGCAAGAUUUGGACUACGAGAUGACUGGUUGGGCUCAACGAGCUCGACUACACUGUCUCCACGCUAUAUACGAUUCUUUCGAGUCAGUUUUGCUUGGCUAGUUUCACUGAUCUAGAUAUUGUUUUCUAUCUAUGUUCUAGCACUAUCGUCGCGCUCGCUCAAUUGAAUUUUGUUCUGUUGCUAUUGUGACGCCCAAAAAUAUAAGCGAAUGUGUGGCUCGGGACCUUGACGGUGCCAUAUGCUGGUUAAUGCUAUACCUGGCCAAAGAUACAAGAUCUUGCGGUGGACACAGACUUGCAGGAUUUCCGAACCACUCAAGAUAUUGUAUAAUUUCUGACUAACCGGGCAUCAC